GCCCUCUCUUCGUCUCGUUUGGCCUCGAUGCGUUCUGUGCAUUUGCGAAUUUCCAGCAUGUUGCGCAGCUGCCUUCGCCUCAAGUCGACUCUCGCCGCGCCCAAGCCGGUGACCGCGAUCCCCAACGCGCCCGAGACCGGCGUCGGCCCCCUGCGCUCGAGCAUGAUGUACUUUACCAAGGGCGGCGGCUUCCAAGUACUCUUCAAGCACCUCCGUGCGCUUCACGACACGAUCGGGCCCAUUCUGCGCGUGCGCUUUGUGCCGUUCGGGCCGCGCAUGGUGAGCGUCACGGACCUCGACGUGAUCGCGCAGCUCUUCCGGAACGAAGGACCCGUGCCGCUGCGUGGCGCCGUGCCCGUGUGGGAGUACUAUCGGCAAAUCAAGCAGUGGCCGCGCACGACCGUCACGACCAACGACUAUGCGAUCUGGAAGAAGAUGCGGUCGAGCUUGAGCGACCACUUGCUGCAGCCGCGCAACAUUGGCCCGUGGCUGCCGCGGAUCGACGCGAUCGCCCAAGAUGUCACGACGCGCUUCGAGCGCGAAGCCGCGGCGUCGCCCACUCGCGACGUGGAUGUGACGCACACGCUCAAGGCGUAUACGCUCGAGUCGGUGAGCUCGGUCCUUUUUGGGAAGCGCAUGGGCUGCUUGUCGGCCGACCACUUGACGCCGAUCACGCCGGCCGCGCAGCGCUUCAUCAACGCGGUGGUUGGCUUUUUCGAGACGACGCAGGCGCUCAACACGCUUCCGCCGUCGAUGCCACCCAUCUUGUUUUGGCUCUUUCCGGCGUUUUGGCGCCAUGUCGGCCACGCGAACGUCAUUUUUGAGAUUGGGUUUGAGCUCAUGACCGAGAAGCUCGCGUCGACCGAAGCGACCGCGCCCGACUUGCUCACAGCGUUCCUGUUGCGCCCCGAGCUCACGGAGCGCGAGGCCAUUACGCAGUGCAUCGACCUCCUCUUCGCCGGCGUCGACACGACGUCCCAAGGCAUUCUCUGGACGCUGUAUGCGAUCGCGACUUCGCACGACGCACUAGAUCUCCAGCGCCAGCUCCGCGACGAAGUAACUGCGGCCAUGGGCGACAAGACGCAGCUGGAUAAAGACGCCUUGUCCAAACUGCCGCUCGUGCGGGCGUGUGUCAAGGAGGCGCUGCGGCUCUACCCCGUCUUUAGCACGUCGAUGCGCGUCAUGCACGAUGACACGACGCUUCUCGGGUACAGCGUGCCAAAGGGCACCCAAGUCCUCAUGCCCAUCUACGCCAUGAGCCGCGAUCGCAGCGUCUUUGCCGAGCCAGACACGUUUGUGCCCGAGCGCUGGCUCGGCCGCGAAGCGAAAAGCGCCGCCGACCGCAAGAAGGCUGCGUACGCGACACUGCCGUUUGGCAUGGGCGCGCGGAGCUGCGCGGGCCGGCGCCUCGCCGAGACGGAGCACUACCUAUUGCUCGCCCACAUGGUGCGAACGAUGCGCUUCGAGGUCGCCCCCGGCGUCGACCACCCGGAGCCGAUCGUGCAGCUCGCACUCACGCCCGACAAGCCCCUCGUACUGCGCAUGACGCCAUGGUAGCCACCCUCUGCUUGAGGAACCGGUAGGAGGAUCGUGCUACGUCAGUGACCACUUUCUAUAUGUUGUAUCUCGUGUCGUCCUAAUCAUGAUCAACAUGUUGUCUUGUGUUCUCGUCCGGAGGCGAAAUGGCCGCUGGACGCGCCACGUCAUCGGUGUA